CCAGUACUUCAUAUACCAUACGUAUGCGGACCUGUACACUGCAGAUAUUAUAUCUAUUUAUAAAACAUGAUAUCACCCGUUAAGGAAGGGCGUUGAAACACUUUAAUUAAGGUUGCGAGACCCCCGGAUUGAUUCUGUGUAUGCCUGAUAGGUCUUAAUUUAUUUUAAUUUAAUUAAAGUUAAGUUACAUGUAUCUUUUUCUUUUUGUGUUUUUUUUUAAAUUAUUAUUUCUGUGGGUAGUUAGAAAAUUAUCGCAUACCACAACUGAUAAGAUUCGGUGUGGAACAGGCCCAUCCCCUUGUCACGCUCCGGUAAAAUGUGUCACAACCAGGUCAUCAGGACCAGCCGCGUUCAACGGAUCCGAACACUCCGUGGCGUUACGAAAUAUUCGAUGGACCGGUUUUGUUUAAAGUUUAACUGAAUACAUGAGUAGUGCAGAAACCAGUCAAGUCGUUUGCAGCUAGUGCCUGUGACGAAAUCUAUAUACUGAACGUAGCUCAGGUGUUUUGUCAGUGUCGGAUGGGAAGUAUUAGCGAAUACAAUGGAGAACACACAAGGACAUAUUCUUCUGAACAUUCACCAACAGAUCGUUAAUGGUGACUUCAACGACCUGCACAUUGUGUGCAACGAUGGAACAACAACCGGAAGUCGUCUCGUCCUUGCGGCUUUAUCACCUUACUUCCGGGCCAUGUUUGCUUCAAAAAUGACCGAAAGUCGAACGAACAUUUUAAAGCUACCCUCUAUAUCUUUGUCAAUAUUCGAAGCUGUUCUAAAGAUGUAUUUGUGCACGGUAAAUCUGGUGAAUGAAAACAACUGCGUCCAACUUUUAGAUGCUGCCGAAAUGAUGCAGCUUGAUCAUAUCAAAGAACUGUGUAAUACUUUUCUAAGGGAAAGCCAGGUACUUACUUGUGCAAACUGUCUGAGUUGGUGGAGAGACAUAAAACUCUACCAUUUUCUUGAUUUGUCCAACCCAGCAUUUUGCUAUUUGAUUGAUAACUUAACUGAUUUUGUUGAAACAGAAAUGUUUGUUCAGCUUUCAAAAACAGAACUUGUAGACAUAAUUUCAAAAGAUAACUUGAAAUGUGAUGAAGAUAUUAUUGUGAGAGGUGCCAUGAAAUGGAUAGAACACAAUACCCCGGAUGCGGAUGAUGUGCGAGAUAUUUUCGAACAUGUGCGGUUAGAUAUUGUCAGUUCUCAAGUUGUCAGUGAAAUUGCGAAUUCAAACAUCGUUCGACAAAAUAGCUAUGUUCAGCGUAUGUUACAACAAGUACUUUGUCAACCAGUCGAAACAACACUAUCGCGUUUUAGUUUCAAACGGCCUGAUGUGUUCGUACUUCAACACGAUAACAAUUUACUUCUGUCUUGCUUUACAUCAAAAAACAAGUGGGAAGAUGUCCCACCAGCCCCAGUAGAUCCAGGUGAUUACUAUGCAGCAGCCAGUCUGGACAACAAGAUCUACAUAACCGGUGGGAAAGACAAACAGAAAUGUACAUUGAUUUACGAUAUCCUUGGCAAAGUGUGGACAGUGGGACCAUCUCUCAUGAAUCAGUAUUACAGUCACUGCAUGGCUGCAGCAGCCAGUUCUAAAGUCUACGCAAUAGGCGGUUGGCUUAGUAACGAAAUUGAAGAACUGAGCCAGAGUGACACGAAUUGGGAGGUUGUUGGGCGUUUGGGAAUGAGAAGAAAAAAUGCUUUUACUGUUACAGUUGGUGAGAACAUUCUCAUUAUGGGUGGAGAGAUGUGCGGAUCCAGCAGCGAUCUCAUCCAGUGUUUUAAUACCAGAACUCUCGCUCUCAACACACUGAAAACACACCUGCCCCGUAUCGGAAUGGCACUAAGAGGACAGGCACAACUCCCAGACGUGCAUCUGUUGGACAGUAACGGUUAUGUAUCUCACGCCAAGAUCACCGAAAAGGAUGGGGAAAUCCAUGUUCAGUCUAAAUAUGUAGCGAUGUGGGAAUCAACUGGGUGCUGUUUUGGCGUUGUGCAUCAGCACGGAAGUUUGCUGAAAUUUAACUUUAGAGGAAUCACGAAAUUCAACCUCGCUGAAGGUAAAGAAGAAGAGUGUUCAUUGCUCAGGUCACCCAGAAGAGGUACGAUAUACAACAUCCUGCCGGUGUGGUCUGGAAAUUGAUGAGCGCAAACUAUAAAUAAUUAAUUUUAAUCAAGUAAUCUCAAUGUUAUGGCUCGCCUUGUGGUUUGAAAGUUAAAGUUAAUGUUUG